AUGAGGUGGUUCAACAGCUUGAAAACGGACUCCAUAGAUUCCUAUAAGCAGCUCACCCAAGCCUUUGGCUCUCGUUUCAUUAUGAACAGUAGGGCUCCUCUGCUUCUAAGUUUAUUGUUGUCAUUAUCCAUGCGUGAGGGAGAAACUUUAAAAGCAUACUCGGACAGAUACUGGGAAAUGUACAAUGAGAUGGACAACAACUUUGACGACGUCGCCAUCGAUACUUUUAAAAUUGGUCUCCCCAUCGAGCACAGUUUGAGCAAAUCCUUGACUGGUAAGCCUGUCACCAGCGUUCGUCAAAUUAUGGAUCGGAUUGACAAAUACAAAAGGGUGGAAGAGGACCAACUGCAAGGGAAAGGAAAGGAGAAGAUCACCCCUCAAAAGAGGAAUGAUUUCAGGUCGGAACGAUACAACAAUAACCAGCCGAGGAGAGAUUUCGCAGGGCAAUCAGGAUCAGCCAACAUGUAG